UUUUGGUCAGCAGGUGUGUAUCCGAGAAGUUCUCGGAUCCUUUUGAGCAGGGUUCGGGUCUAAAUGAUGCAUCCGCCCCAGGUCAGGCGCAUACUGGUAUCAAUACAUUCGUACUGUGAAACGAGUGGAAUAUUACAUAUUAGGGAUGAAAACCGACAUCGUCAGUCCCUUUUAGUCCAAAACUGACACCGCACCAACAACGUUUUGAGACGUUCAAAACCUGUUGAACCGGCUGAUUAAGGGGAAGAAAAACGGCAACCUCAAUGUCGGCUUGAAUCGGUGCGGUUCUUUGGUUUGCUUUGUCGUUGUGAAGGAGGAGGGGAGCGGCGGGAUCUAUCGUCAGUAGUGCCAAUUCUGAAAGAAGUAGAGGGAAGAAGUAGACGAGGGAAGAAAAAGAAAGGGGAGAGGGUUUAUUAAUCCCAGGUGCCUAAACAAAAGGACACUUCUAUUCUGAAAAUCUUGAAGGAAUCAAAUUCCCUUUUGCCUCAUGUAGUCCUUGCUAGCACGCUGUUGGCUCUUGUCUAUCCACCUUCUUUUACAUGGUUUACCACCAGAUGCAGAAGAAAGAGGGAAAAUAACUAGUGGAAUGUAUCCAUACAAACUACUUGUCUAACUAGGACAAAUUCGCGUCUAUAUUUAUGGAUCAUGAAAAUGUACUAUGCACCUGCAUUGGGGUUUUUAAUGUUUGCAGUAGGGGUUAAUUCCAGAGAAAAUGAUUUCCUUGAAGCAUUCAAGAGACCAGCAGCUAUUUUUGCUGGUUAUGUUGGCCAAUUUGUAAUGAAACCUCUUCUUGGAUAUUUUUUUGGGACAAUCUCAGUUACACUCUUGGGUCUACCACCUUCUAUAGGUGCUGGGAUUAUGUUGGUAUCUUGUGUUAGUGGGGCCCAACUCUCAAAUUAUGCUACUUUCCUCACAGACCCACCAAUGGCCCCUCUUAGCAUUAUUAUGACGUCAUUAUCUACUGCUACUGCAGUAUUUAUCACACCAAUGUUAUCGCUCUUGCUCAUUGGAAAGAGACUGCCGGUUGAUGUGAAAGGAAUGAUGUCUAGCAUUAUGCAGAUUGUAGUUGCACCAAUUGCCGCUGGCUUGUUAUUGAAUCGGUUCUUUCCCGCGAUCUGUGGUGCAAUUCGGCCAUUUUUGCCUCCACUGUCCGUCGUAGUAACAGCUCUCUGUGUUGGAGCACCGCUUGCCCUUAACAUUGAGUCUGUGCUAUCUCCUUUUGGAGUGACCAUUUUGUUUGUUGUCAUUGCAUUUCAUUUGUCAGCGUUUAUAGCUGGUUAUGUCUUUACUGGUCUAGUCUUCCAUAAGGCUACUGAUGUGAAAGCUCUGCAAAGAACACUAUCAUAUGAGACAGGAAUGCAAAGUAGUCUUCUUGCCCUUGCACUUGCCAAUAGGUUCUUUCAAGAUCCACUCGUGGGUGUGCCUCCAGCAAUCUCGACGGUAAUAAUGUCUUUGAUGGGCUUCUCUCUAGUGAUGCUUUGGGCUAAGAGGAAACAAUAACAGUCUGUUGAAACAGCACUACAAGCGUUGACAUAUUGCAACUUUACCAUCCAUUAUUCUAAGGUGAAUGGGCAGUGCAAAAACUGUCAUGGGGCACUUGAAGAUGGGAGAUGAGGAAGCUAUUUAGGGAGACAACGCGCCACAUUUUGUUAUAAAGAAUCGAAUCGGCUUCCUUUCAUCAUAAUUCUUACUUCAAAAAUGGUAGAAAAAGUUGCGAAACUAACUUACGAGGAUCUGGGAAAAAUCCGAUUGAGGCAAAUAUGAAUUUUAGCCAGUUUUUUUUUUUUUU